GCCAGGUUCUGCCAAAAUGGAGCUGAGUGAUGCCAAUUUACAGACUUUAACUGAGUAUCUAAAGAAAACACUAGAUCCAGAUCCUGCCAUAAGGCGUCCUGCGGAAAAGUUUCUUGAGUCAGUUGAAGGAAGCCAGAAUUAUCCGUUGUUACUCUUAACACUGCUGGAGAAAUCACAGGAAAAUGUCAUCAAAGUUUGUGCAUCUGUAACGUUCAAGAAUUAUAUUAAAAGGAACUGGAGAAUUGUUGAGGAUGAACCGAACAAAAUAUGUGAAUCAGACAGGAUAGCCAUUAAAGCCAACAUAGUGCCCUUGAUGCUUAGCAGCCCAGAACAAAUUCAAAAGCAGUUAAGUGAUGCUAUUAGUAUUAUUGGUCGGGAAGACUUUCCUCAGAAAUGGCCAGACUUACUGACAGAAAUGGUGAAUCGCUUUCAAAGUGGAGAUUUUCAUGUCAUUAAUGGCGUCCUUCGCACUGCUCACUCUUUAUUUAAAAGGUACCGCCAUGAAUUUAAGUCAAAUGAAUUAUGGACAGAGAUCAAACUUGUCCUUGAUGCCUUUGCUUUGCCCUUGACCAAUCUCUUUAAGGCAACUAUUGAACUUUGCAGCACACAUGCAAAUGAUGCUAGUGCUUUGAAGGUUCUCUUUUCUUCUCUCAUUCUAAUUGCGAAGCUGUUCUACAGUUUAAAUUUUCAGGAUCUUCCCGAGUUUUUUGAAGAUAACAUGGAAACGUGGAUGACAAAUUUUCAUAGUCUUUUAACUUUAGAUAAUAAACUUUUGCAGACUGAUGAUGAAGAGGAAGCCGGAUUACUGGAGCUCUUGAAAUCACAAAUUUGCGAUAAUGCUGCUUUAUAUGCUCAAAAAUAUGAUGAAGAAUUCCAGCCCUACCUGCCACGCUUUGUAACAGCAAUCUGGAAUCUGUUAGUCACAACAGGCCAGGAAGUGAAAUAUGACUUGCUGGUUAGUAAUGCAGUCCAGUUUCUGGCCUCAGUUUGUGAGAGACCACAUUACAAGCAUCUGUUUGAAGACCAGAAUACAUUGACAAGCAUUUGUGAAAAGGUUAUUGUUCCCAAUAUGGAGUUUAGAGCGGCUGAUGAAGAAGCAUUUGAAGAUAAUUCGGAAGAAUAUAUAAGAAGGGAUUUGGAAGGAUCUGAUAUUGACACCAGGCGCAGAGCAGCUUGUGAUCUAGUCAGAGGCUUGUGCAAAUUUUUUGAAGGGCCUGUGACAGGGAUUUUCUCUGGAUAUGUUAAUUCUGUGCUGCAAGAAUAUGCAAAGAAUCCAUCUGUUAACUGGAAGCACAAAGAUGCAGCUAUUUACCUUGUUACGUCUUUGGCAUCCAAAGCUCAAACACAGAAGCAUGGCAUAACACAAGCCAAUGAACUUGUUAAUCUGACAGAAUUCUUUGUGAAUCACAUUCAACCUGACUUAAAGUCUGCUAGUGUGAAUGAAUUCCCUGUGUUAAAAGCAGAUGGUAUCAAAUAUAUCAUGAUUUUUAGAAACCAA